UGGUCAGUAUAUAGCAAGGUUAGAGUAAUGGACAGAAGGCGAUUGUCUGAGGCGUGGUUUAAAUGGCAUUUGAUAGAAAUGAAAAUCGGUUUGGGGGAGAGAAACAUCGAUACCUUGGUGUGUUCUGAAGUCGAUGCUGAAAUACAAAGGCUUCUCCCAAGGAUACAUGAACACUUUACAAAGAAAUGGUCUGGUAGUCAUCAUUGUGACAACUGCAAGUCAAAAGAUUGUAGUCAAGCACUUAUCAUAGAUGGUCAUAUGAAAGGCACCAGACUAGUUUGCGACUUUAUGGAAGGCGACAUUUGUUGUGAGGAAAUUGGAAGCAUUACGGUUGGUUGUAAUCAGACGCCUGUCAAAGGUUCCUACUUCUGUGUAAAUCAUCAGCAUUCUCUUAUGAAGGUUAAUAAGAUUGAAACGCAACCUGAUACAGAUGAGAAUCAACAUUCACUGCAGUGUAAAACAGAGAAAAGGAAACAGGCAGCUAACAAACACCGGUCCGCCGGAAUAUGCUGUGCGGUAUACAACUGUGGGGUAGUUGUGGGUAUAACCGAGCUAUUUGGUUGCGAAUCACUUUCGCAAGUAUAUGUAUUCCUCACUUGGCUUUGGCAUGCUGUGCAGCAUUUUCCACGAUUAUUUGCUUAUGAUGACGCCUGCCAUUUAAAGCGCUAUGUCAACAGUCGAUAA